GCAAGAGACUAAAAAAGGCAACCAAAAUAAAAUUAAUAAAUAACAGAGCGAGGCCAGGGCCAGGGGGAACAAGAAGAUCCGACUGUGCUAAUUCUUCUCUCUUUGUUUCUCACUCAAGUGUUUGUUUUUGUUCACUUCUCUUAUGACGGAAUCUCCAACACAAGAUUCAGCUAAACAACAAGAAGGAAUCAACGCCUCAAAAUAAAGAGAAAGCGAAGAUAGCCAUCUGGGUUUUCAUCAAGUUUUUAUCUUUUUCGUUCUCUGUAGGUGGAAAAUAAGAGUUCAAGAAAUGGGGAUAUUGUAUGAAGAUUUUGUCGUCAUAAGUCAAGGCGAGAACCCGGGUGAUCCCACUGUUAUUACAGUUAACUGUCCCGACAAGACUGGCUUAGGUUGUGAUUUGUGCAGGGUUAUCUUGCUUUUUGGCUUGAGCAUUUGCAAAGGAGAUGUCUCAACUGAUGGUAAAUGGUGCUACUUGGUGUUUUGGGUGGUUGGAAAGCCAUCCACAAGGUGGAGUUUGUUGAAGAAGAGGCUCUUAGAGGUCUGUCCUUCACCAUUUGCAACCUCUAGAAUCUUCUCGUACCGGUUGGAAAAUCAGCAGUCAAAGCCUCCAGAUGUGUUUCUUUUGAAAUUCUGGUGCUCUCAAGACAGAAAAGGACUCUUACAUGAUGUAACUGAGGUUCUUUGUGAGCUAGAGCUUAUAAUAAAAAGGGUAAAAGUAUCCACUACCCCAGAUGGGAAAGUGAUGGAUCUCUUUUUCGUCACUGAUACCAGGGAGCUUCUUCAUACUGGAAAAAGGCAGGAAGAAACAGUUAAUCGUUUGCAAGCUGUGUUAGGCAAUACCUUAAUGAGUUGUGAGAUCGAAUUGGCCGGUCCUGAAGUAACUGCAUGCUCUCAGGGUUCCUCAUUUCUUCCUUCUGCAAUCACUGGAGACAUGUUCAGUUUGGAGCUGCCUGCUGGACAACCUACCGGAUUUCUUUCUUCAACUCCUGUAUCCAUUACCAUGGAUAAUGCAUUUAGCCCUUAUCACACGCUCAUUCAAAUCCUCUGCCAGGAUCACAAGGGUCUCAUUUACGACAUCAUGAGAACCCUAAAGGAUUACAAUAUCCAGGUUUCUCAUGCACGGUUUUUCGCCAACCCGAAAGGCAACUGUGAGUUAGACUUGUUUAUAAUGCAAGCAGAUGGGAAGAAGAUAAUCGACCCAAACAAACAGAAUGCUUUGUGCUCUCGUCUACGGAUGGAGCUUCUGCACCCUCUUAGAGUCGCUGUGGUGAGCCGCGGCCCUGAUACUGAGCUGCUGGUGGCAAAUCCUGUUGAAUUGUCAGGCAGGGGCCGACCUCUUGUUUUCCAUGAUAUCACACUAGCCCUCAAGAUUCUCAACAUUCGCAUCUUUUCGGCCGAGAUAGGGAGGCACAUGAUCCUUAACCGGGAAUGGGAAGUGUAUAGAAUCCUGCUUGAUGAAGCUGAUGGCAAUUCUGAGCCAAGGAACAAGAUCCAAGAUCAUGUAAGGAAAAUCUUGAUGGGUUGGGAAUAGUACUAAGGUUUUUAUUUUUCUCUUCAUCAUUGUACAGCAUACUUUCUUUGGCCAUACUAACCAGGGACCACAAUGUAAAUGAUGAAAUUGCUUAUGAGAAAUGAUAAGUCGCAAGUUUUUUCCCUCUCUAA